AAGUGAGUUCAUAUUCCACAAGUGGUUAGAAACCAUAAAUUGGAAUGUGAAACGCAGUUUUUUUUAUAUAGAAGUGCAUGAAAGAAACCUAAUCUAACACAAAAAAUGUAUUUGCUACGAAAAUCACUUUUUUUAUUAUUGAUUAUUUAUCUGGAUAUUAUGGAGACUCAUUCGGAAAGAAUAUUAGCUGUUUUUCCAUUCAACGCAAAGAGUCACCAUAACGUUUUCAAUGCAUUCUUGAGAAGCUUGGCGAAAAAAGGGCAUCAGGUCGAUGUUAUUACCCAUUAUCCGCUGAAAAAUCCACCCAAAAAUUACAGAACUAUUGUCAACUUGCAUGGCACUAGAACUGAUUACGUGAACAAUGUAUCCAUGGAAUUUAUUUCUGGACAGACCGGAAGUCCCGUAUCCUUUUUUGCAACUGUUGCUGGAAAUGAAAUUUGCAACCUAUUGUCCCUUAAAAAAAUGCAAAAUGUUAUUAAAAAUCCAUCCAAUGAACCACCUUACGAUCUUGUGAUUACACAGGUACUUGGUGCAAAUUGCUAUAUUGGAUUAGGCUAUGUCUUCAAGGUGCCUGUGAUAACUGUUGCUACGAAUCUCGAAUCGCCAUGGACUGGUGAUGGAGUUGGAAGCCCUACAGCCACUGCUUAUUACACAGACGCUUUCACGGCCAGAUAUAGGGUUUCCACUUUUUGGGAAAGAUUAGAAAAUACGUUGCAUUCUCAUAUUAAUAAAUAUAGAUACUUCACGUACACAGAGAAAGCGCAAACCGAGGCCAUGAGAAAAUAUUUAAGUCCUGAUAUACCGAGCGUUCGAGAAAUCGAGAGAACUGUGGCUUUAACUUUUGUCAAUUCCUAUUAUAACCCAUUUGGUAUUAAACCUUCUACCCCUGGCCUAAUAGAAAUUGGUGGUAUACAUAUUGAAGACGAUGAUUCGAAAUUAACGCCUGAUCUGGAACGUUGGAUGAAUGAAAGUACCAACGGAGUUAUUUACUUUACUUUCGGAACUAUGAUGCGCAUAGAAACUCUACCGGAAGAAACUCUUCUUGCAUUUUAUAAAUCUUUUGAAAAAAUUGCUCCAAUGAGGGUGCUUAUGAAAAUCGCGGACAAUAGUAAACUCCUCCCAGGUCUGCCAGAAAAUGUCCUAACCUUUUUAUGGAUUCCUCAAAUACCUGUUUUAAAACACCACAACACUAGAUUAUUCAUAACGCACGGCGGUAUGUUGGGAAUACAGGAAGCUCUUUAUUACAAAGUUCCCAUGAUAGGGAUACCAUUAGCAUCUGACCAGUUUCGAAAUGUAGAAACUCUUGUGAAUAAAAAUAUUUGUAUCCGACUAAAUUACAACAAAAUAACUCUACGAGCUUUAAAUGAAGCACUGAAUGCCAUUAUUAAUGAUCCUAAGUACAGAAAAUCUGCAGAACGUGAAUCUCAACUCUUCCGUGAUAGGCCAAUGAGUCCUACUGAUACGGCAACUUUUUGGGUCGAAUAUGUCAUGAGAAAUGGAGGAGAUUCUUUAAGAUCACCAGCAGUGAAUCUGUAUUGGUGGGAAGUUGCUCUUUUAGAUGUGUACGGAUUUAUUCUCUUCAGCUGCAUUACACUAAUUUAUUUAAUUAUAUUGACUAGCAAAGUUAUUGUAGGAAGAUGUUUUAAAACAUUUACUAUAUCUUCUCAAAUUACUAAAAAAAUCGACUGCUUAGUGAAAAAAGGGCAUCAUGUCGACGUUAUUACCCAUUAUCCACUGAAAGAUCCACCAAAGAAUUAUAGAACUAUUAUCAAUUUAAAUGGGACUAGAGUUGAUUACGUGAACAAUGUAUCCAUGGAACAACCUCUUGAAGUAAUCAAAGAUCCCGUAUCAUAUUAUGUAUUUGGUGCUGGGAAUGAAAUUUGCAACCUAUUGUCUCUUACAGAAAUACAAAAUAUUAUAAAAAAUAGAUCUGAUGAGCUACCUUACGAUCUUGUGAUUACUCAGGUACUUACUGCCAAUUGCUAUAUUGGAUUAGGUUAUGUCUUCAAGGUGCCUGUGAUAACUGUUGCUACGAAUGUGGAAUUUCCAUGGACUGGUGAUGGAGUUGGAAGCCCUACAGCCAGUGCUUAUUAUAAAGACGCUUUAACGAGAACAUAUACGGUUUCAACUUUUUGGGAAAGAUUACAAAACACAUGGCAUUCUCAUUCUACUAAAUACAGAUACUUCAUAUACACAGAGAAAGCACAAACCGAGUCAAUGAGAAAAUAUUUAAGUUCUGAUAUACCAAGCGUUCGAGAAAUCGAGAGAACUGUGGCUUUAACCCUUGUCAAUUCUUAUCAUAACCCAUUUGGUAUUAAACCUUCAACCCCAGGCUUAAUAGAAAUUGGUGGUAUACAUAUAGAAGAAGAUGAUACCAAAUUGACUCCCGAGCUCGAACGCUGGAUGAACGAAAGCACAAAUGGAGUUAUCUACUUUACAUUCGGAUCUAUGAUACUUGUAGAAACUCUACCAGAAGAAACCCUUCUUGCUUUUUAUAAAUCUUUUGAAAAAAUUGCUCCAAUGAGGGUGCUAAUGAAAAUCGCAGACAAAACUAAACUCCUCCCAGGCCUGCCAGACAAUGUGCGAACGUCUUCAUGGAUUCCUCAAAUACCUGUCUUAAAACACCACAACACGAGAUUAUUCAUAACUCAUGGCGGUAUGUUGGGAAUACAAGAAGCUCUGUAUCAUAAAGUUCCCAUGAUAGGGAUACCAUUACUAUGUGACCAGUUUCGAAAUGUAGAAACUCUUGUCAAUAAAAAUAUUGGUAUCCGAUUGGAUUACAACAAAAUAACUCUACAAACUUUAGAUGAAGCUUUUAAUGCCAUUCUCAAUGAUCCUAAAUACCGAAAAGCUGUAGAACGUGAAUCUCAACUUUUCCGCGAUAGGCCAAUGAGUCCUAUGGACACGGCAUGUUUUUGGGUCGAAUAUGUCUUGAGAAAUGGAGGAGAUUCUUUAAGAUCACCAGCAGUGAACCUCUAUUGGUGGGAAGUUGCUCUUUUAGAUGUCUGUGGACUAUUUGCACCAAAAUCUAGUUACGAAUAG